AAACACUUCAAAUUAUUGAACCGAAAGAAAAAGAAAAAACACAUACAAUUUUUCUUACAUAUUUUUUUAAUAACUAUUUUCUAUAAUGGGAAUUUCAAGUCUUUUGAGGAUUUAUUUAUUUGCAUUUGCCUUGGAUAUUUUGAUUAAUAUUGUUGACGGGCAGCCUUUAGUUCCAGCAUUAUUUAUUUUUGGAGAUUCAGUUGUUGAUGCAGGAAAUAAUAAUUAUCUUAAAACAAUUGUCAAGGCAAAUUUUCCUCCUUAUGGAAGAGAUUUUCCUAAACAAAUAGCAACUGGAAGAUUUUGCAAUGGAAAACUUGCCUCAGAUUUCACAGCUGAGAAUCUUGGGUUUACUUCAUAUCCACCAGCUUAUCUCAGCAAGAAAGCCAAAGGCAAAAAUCUUUUGAUUGGAGCCAAUUUUGCCUCAGGUUCAUCUGGUUACUAUGACACUACUUCUAGGCUAUAUGAUGCAAUUCCUUUGAGCAAACAACUUGAAUAUUACAAAGAAUACCAGAAGAAAUUGGUGGUAAUUGCAGGGAAAUUAAAUGCUACAUCAAUAAUCAAUGGUUCAAUUCACUUAAUCAGUGCUGGAAGUAGUGAUUUUGUUCAGAAUUAUUAUAUUAAUCCUUUGCUCUACAAAGUUUACACUCCAGAUCAAUUCUCAGAUAUCCUCAUCAAGUCCUACACUAAAUUUAUAUUGGAAUUGUAUGGAUUGGGAGCAAGAAAGAUUGGAGUGACAACAGUACCACCAAUUGGAUGUUUACCAGCAUCCAUUACAAUAUUUGGCAAAGAUAACAACAAUUGUGUCAAGAAGAUGAACAAAGUGGCAAUUUCAUUCAACAAUAAGCUCAAUGACACAUCUAUCAAAUUGCAAAAAAAGCUUUCUGGUCUCAAUCUUGUUCUCUUGGAUAUCUACCAACCCCUCCUUGACCUUGUCACACAUCCAGCUGAUAAUGGUUUUUUUGAAGCAAGAAAGGCAUGUUGUGGCACAGGAUUACUAGAAACAUCCAUAUUGUGCAAUGCAAAAUCUCCAGGAACAUGUGCAAAUGCAUCUGAAUAUGUGUUUUGGGAUGGAUUUCACCCAACAGAAGCUGCAAAUAAAGUCUUAUCUGAUGACUUGCUAGCCAGUGGCUUAUCCCUCAUCUCUUGAUAUUUUUUCUUGGCAUAAUAAAGAGAUAGACAUUUUAAUUUGGUCUCAACUAACUGUUGAACACCUAAUUUUUAUUGUGAUCAUCUAAACAUUUCAACUUAACUCAAAUGUGUCUCGCAAAAGUAUAUCUUAACUUUGAAAAUGCACAUCUACACAGUAGACACCUUUAAAGGGAUGCAUUUUAGAUGUGUAUUGUCAAAUUUGAGGUAUUUACGAGGUCAAUUAAAUCAAGUUAAAAUAUCUAGAUGAACAUUUUCAAAGUUGGGGUGUUUAAUUCUCAAUUGAGGAAGUUUUAAGAUGUCUAUUUAAAUAUUAUGCCUUCUUUCUUAAGUGGCAAAUAACAAAGUCUUGAAAAAUUUAUUGUUGGUUGGACUCACAUUAUGUUAUAAUAAAUUCUUGUUUAAUUUUUUAUUCCCUUUUUUAUAUUUAUUUUGGUUAUGAUGUUGCC